CCGAUGCGGUUACCUUUUAGAUCUACCUUGGAAUUCUCAACAUUCUAUUAAUUCUUUUAAGAUGUUGUUGUGCUAUACACAACAAUAACAAUACUUCAAUACUAUUUGUUCUGCGUGUGUUGUCAAACUCAAAUUAUUCAAUUAACCAAUUGCUCCCAAUACGUGUGUUUUUUUUCAACGAGAAAAAAUCUGGCUGCUAAAUUCACAUUUUAUUAUCGGAGUAAACGUGUACGAGAAUGAAUCUAAAGGCCUGGUCAGCAGUACUGGGAGUAUUUAUAGGAUGCUGCAGUAAUGUCAUAUUCCUGGAGCUUCUUGUCAAAUAUGACUCUGGUUCGGGGAAUCUCAUAACAUUCUCACAAUUUUUAUUCAUUGCCAUAGAAGGUUUUAUAUUUACUUCGAAAUUCGGCAAGGUCAAACCGGUAAUUGGCUUUAAGGAUUAUGCGAUUUUGGUCUUGAUGUUCUUCGUCACCAGCGUUUGUAAUAAUUAUGCAUUUGACUUUAAUAUACCGAUGCCAUUGCAUAUGAUCUUUCGGGCCGGAUCUCUGAUGGCCAACAUGAUUAUGGGUAUUUUAAUACUUAAAAAGAAAUAUGGCAUUUCCAAGUAUAUUUCGGUAAUAUUAAUUACAAUUGGUAUUAUUACCUGCACCAUGGUAUCGGCUUCUAAAGUGGAAGACACCAGUAAUCCUAAACUGCGCAAAGAAACCCCGUCCGAGGAAAAUACCUACUCGGUUGUAUUUUGGUGGUGUGUUGGCAUUGGAAUAUUAACUAUUGCCCUACUGAUUUCAGCCUGCAUGGGCAUUUAUCAAGAGGUACUCUAUAAAAAACAUGGCAAACGUUCUAGAGAGGCUUUGUACUAUACGCAUUUAUUACCCCUACCCGGUUUCCUUUUGAUGGGUUCAAACAUUUGGCAACAUCUUGUGAUUAGCGCCACCAGUGAACCUCUAAUGGUGUUGGGUGUCAACACCUUUGUGCCGGAACAAAUAAUCUAUUUAAUAUGUAAUAUGAUAACACAAUAUGUUUGCAUUAGCUCCGUUUAUGUCCUAACGGCUGAAUGUAGCUCAUUGACGGUCACCCUAGUUGUUACGUUGCGUAAAUUUGUAUCGUUGGUCUUUUCGAUAUUGUAUUUUAAAAACUCAUUUACUUUAUACCAUUGGAUUGGCACAAUUUUAGUGUUUACCGGUACCAUGAUAUUUACUGAGUCCUAUCCCAAGUCUAUGUUUAUGAAAAAGGAACAAAAAGAGGCUAGCAAAAAAGUUAAGGCAUCUUAGAUAUGAAACCAGUUUGUUAUUGGUUCUUUUGUUUUGUUAUGAUAUUAUAUAGCUCAACUAACAAGCUUGUAUAUAUAUACAAAUAGGUUUUAAAUUAACACAAAUUAAUGUCCGUGCUUUAAGAAUUUAGAAGAAACAGAAAGGGAGAGAGAGAGAGAAAAUUUAUUCGGACAAUAUUUUAUAUACCUAGUUCAAGUUACAUUUUUUACCCAUUUAUCCAAAAAGAAAAGAACAAAUAUCCCACUACAUUGCAUUAUUAUUUUUUUUUUU